CAGGUGAUCUUCAGCCGCUUAUCCAGUCCGUCCGACGUCCGGGACCUCUUGUGUGCCGCUGCUGGGCUUCUCAGAGGGGGCGCGCUGUCCUUGUUUGACCACGAGGGGUCGCCGGUGACCAUUGAUCCUGAGAUGCCAGCCAAUCCCAAGAGACAGAGAGGUCCUCCUACAGAAAUUCUGCACUGAUGUCACCGUCCAGCUCUCCAGUGGAGAGCGGGAGGAGAGCCGAGAUCGCCAAGUGUCAGGGGGAGAUCGAGAGGCUGCGGGAAGAGCUUGCCAAGAGAUCCCUCUGGAUUUGUGCCUCCCCGUGUCCCCCUGCCAGCAGGAGGCUUAUCCCUCGCCGUGAUGUUCCCUCAUAUCCCAAGUACACCCUCUCUCCAGAGACCAUCGAGGCACUGAAGAAGCCAACCUUCGACAUCUGGCAGUGGGCUCCCAACGAGAUGCUGAGUUGUAUCGAGUACAUGUUCCACAGUCUGGGCCUGGUCAACCAGUUUAACAUCAAUGCCAUCACUCUGAAGCGAUGGCUGCUGAGCGUCCAGGAGAACUACAGGGAGAAUCCGUUCCACAACUUCCGCCACUCCUUCUGCGUCACCCAGAUGAUGCAUGGCAUGAUCCAACUGUGUGAGCUGCAGGCCCGGCUGAAACCCAUCGAGAUCUUGAUCCUGAUGACCUGCGCUGUCUGCCACGACCUGGAUCACCCCGGGCUCAACAACACAUACCAGGUCAAUGCUCAGACCGAUCUCGCACAUCGCUACGGAAACCGCUCCCCCCUGGAACAGCACCACUGCACCGUGGCCUUCCAGAUACUCUCAGAGCCCAACUGUGACAUCUUCGCUGGGACAGAGUCGGGAGUCUCGGAGGAGAUCCGGAAGGGGAUGAUGGAGCUGAUCUUGGCCACAGACAUGGCGAGACACGGGGACAUCAUGGAUGCAUUUGCACAAUGCCUCGACGUGUUCGACGACCAGAACCAGGAACACGUCCGACUGCUGGAACAAGUACUGAUCAAAUGCUGCGACACCUCCAACGAGGUGCGGCCCACCCAGGUCUCUGAGCCCUGGCUCGACUGUUUGUUACAGGAGUACUUCAUGCAGUUGGACCUGUUCCAGGGAGACCGGGAGAAGUCGGAGGGUUUACCAGUGUCGCCCUUCAUGGACCGGGACCGGGUGUGGAAAUCUCACACACAGAGUGCAUUCAUCACUUCCACCCUCAUGCCCAUGUUCGGGUCCUUGACCAAGCUCUUCCCCCAGCUGGAGGAGGUGAUGCUGCAACCCCGCAGGCUGGCGAGGGAUCGUUACCAGCAGCUCGGAGUGGGGGAGAUGGCGAGACUGGAGGUGCCCUCGGAGCCCACCGUGGCAUCAGUCUCCAUCUGACGGGACAGUGGCAUUUUCCUCUCUUGGGGGUGGGGGUGGGUUGGAGGUUUGGGUAAGGGGGAUGGGAUAGAGAUGGGCAGAGCACACUCUCUCUCUCUCACAAACACUCUCACUCCCACUCACACUCACACCCCCAGUCACUCACACUCCCAGGGCACAGCGUUGUACAGACUAACUCUUUCCAGAUCCUUUUGAACAUCAACACUAACCAAUCUCCCACAGUUUAACAAAUACUUUGCUCUCUGUUCUGUGCUUUAGUGGAUGUCUCCAAACAUCUCCACAUUAUAAUCUCUCAUCUGUGUUCUCACCCACUCUCAGCACGCCCUCUCCUCUCGAAGCUCUGAAUAUCCUCCCUCCCCCAGUGGCACAAGGCUUUACAGUACCAGCGACCUGGGUUCAAUUCCCAGAGCUGUCUCUGAGGAGUUUGCAUGUUCUCCCCAUGAACGUGUGGGUUUCCUCCCACAGGCCAAAGCCCUAGCAGGUAGGUGAAUUGCUAGUUGUAAGUUUUCCUGUGAUCAGUCGAGGGUUAAAUCGGGGGUGCUGGGUGGUGUGGCUUUAAGGGGCAGAAGGGCCUAUUCCACUCUGUGCCUCAAUAAGUCAAUAAAAACUCCCCAUCUCAGCCAGUCUAAUCAGGUCAGUGACCUGUCAGCAGUCCUUAUCAUGAAUUACCAUAAAAACUUGCCCCAGAUACUGAAAAUAUUGUGUGAACACACAUAAACCAGUAUAAUAAAUAUCAGUGACAAGCGUAUUGUUAAUCAGCCUCAGAUACGGGACAUGUUGCAAACCAGUCCCUCUGAAAACUGCAAACACUGAACCAGCCCCUCUGAAUACCGUAAAUAUUGUGAACCAAAGUCCGAAGUUGCAGGUGAAUUUAUUAAUGUGCUGUAUGUUACCACAGAGCACCUUGAGAUCCAUUUCUUUGCAGACAUUUAUGGAAAAAGAGAAAUACCAUAGAGUUUAGGAAAUGCUGUGUGUGGAGACUGCAAACAACCAAAGUGCAAAAGAAGACACACUGUACAAUUAAAAAAAUAAUCCUGACUAAAGGAGUUGUAAAGAGUCAUUGAAAGUGAGUCUGUAGCUCACAGAAUCAGCUCAGUGUGGAGGAGAGUGAAGUUGUCCACGCUGAUUCAGGAGUUGAUGGUUGCAGGGGAUUAACUGUCCCUGAACUUGGUGUUGUGGGAUCUAACCAGUCUCACUGUCAAAAUAUUAUGGACCUUCUGCACCAGCUACUGUGAAGAUUGUGAACACAACACAAUAAAUAUUGAGCACAUGCGAUAUGAAAUGUAAAUAUUGGAAGAGAAAUGCCCUGGACCGUAAAUAUUGUGAGCAAGCUGCGGUGAUAAAGGGUUUAUGCAACUCAAUGCAUAAAAGCAUGGUCAAGAGGUUCAGAUGUCACCCAGAACAAAUCUCAAAAUGGGAAAGAAAUGUGAUCUAAGUGAUUUUGACAGAUUGUUGGUGCCAGAAGGGGUGGUUUGAGUAUCUCAGAAGCUGCUCAUCUCCUCAGAUUUACAUGCACAACAGUCUCUGGAGUUUACAGAGAAUGGAGUGAAAAGCAAAACAGAAAAAUAUCAUCCAGCAAGUGGCAUUUCUGUGGGUGAAAUGAGAGAGGUCACAGGAGAAUGGCCAGGCUGCUUCAAGCUGACGUGAAGGUGACAGUCACUCAGAUAAACGUGUGUUGUAACAGUGUGUGCAGAAGAGCAUCCCUGAACACACAGCACCAGCAGACCACGAAAGGACACCCAGUCACCACUUUAUUAUGCAAAGGAGGAACGGAAUAAAGUGGUCUCUGAGUAUUUAUACCAGAAUUAUGGUACUGGUGUCAUACUAAAUAUCAUAAUGGUGAGCCAGCUUACCGAAUACCAUAAAUAUUGCGACCUCACUGCAUGAAGUACCAUAAAGACUGGGAAGUAACCUCACAAAAUACUGUAAAUGCUCUAAACAAACAGUAAUACACCACGAAUAUUGCAACGAGCCACACCGUGUCCUCUCACACUGAAUUCUGCAAAUAUUGUGGACACAGAGCACUGUUGGUUGUAAAUAUCAUAAUUGAAGAGCAGGAAAUAGCGGAAACACUGAUGAUGUCACACCAAACGCUAUAAAUAUAAUGAACCGGGUACCAUAAACAUUGUGAAAAUAGUGCCGUUCACAAGUUAGAGUGGCUACCGUAAAUAUCAGGGACACGGGGCAACAAAAGCCGUAAAUAUU